AUGCCGGCCAUCAAAGCUGCGGCGUGGCCGAUGCCGCUCGACAACGUCUUUACUCAGACAUCGGACGAUCAGCUCGAGACAGAGGAAGCCAUCAACGCCCUUUUCUCGCGCCUUCGACCCUCAAGAUUCGACUUUGCCAAGGACGCUAGCAACAGCAGCACGGCCUUCAUUAAUCCAUGGCUUUCCACAGCAGAGCAAGAACAGCAACGCACCGCUCAAGCUUCCUCCGUUGACAAGUCCACGCCAAAGCCCACGCUGCUACUCGAGAGGCAAGCGCACAUCAAUUUUUUGACCAAGAUGCUCGAGCCACUCCCCGGUGCAUACACCGCCUUCGAUACGAAUCGUUCCUGGCUGCUCUACUGGAUCCUCCACUCCUACGAUCUGCUCUCGGUAUCGCUGGAUCCAAAGAGCCGCGCAAGGGCCAUCGCAACGCUGCUUUCCUUUCAAAACAAGGCUACGGGUGGAUUCGGCGGUGGGCCAGAUCAAAUUUCUCAUCUGAUGGCCACGUAUGCAGCCGUAUCGGCUCUUGCCAUCAUCGGAGGUCCGGGUCCGGCACCCACCGUCGAGGACAUUGCGGAUGGCAAAUCAGUCGAAGUCGGUCAUGGUGGUUGGGACGAGAUUGACCGCACCAAGAUGUACGAGUGGAUCUCGAGCCUCAAGCAGCCCGACGGUAGUUUCCUGGUCCACGUCAACGGAGAGGUGGACGUCAGAGCAGGCUAUUGCGUCGUCUGCAUCACUACGCUGCUAGGUAUCUCGACGCCACAGCUGUUCGAAGGUAUGGCUGCCUUCAUCGCCAGCUGUCAGACGUACGAGGGCGGAAUUGCGGCUGCCAGCCAGCCCACUUAUCAGCACAUGAAUGGUAGCAUCUCACUCUUGUCGCAGAACGUGCCUCGGCCUCCUCUUGGAGAGGCUCAUGGCGGAUAUACAUUUUGCGCUGCAGCAACGCAUCUCGCUCUCACCCUUCUUGGCUCUUCGCUCGGAGGCACCACUGGUACUGCUUUUUCGGAACCCUCUAUUCCGCUGCCGGGGCAACUGAGUCGAGACGCUCUCGUCCGCUGGGCUACAGCACAGCAAGGCAUCCCAUUCGAAGGAUGCGGCUUCCGCGGUCGCACCAACAAGCUCGUCGACGGCUGCUAUGGUUGGUUCUCGGGAGGUGGGCUGUUCACGGUUCUCUCGGCCAUGAUCGAGGCUGACAUUAUCGAGGAUGCUCAGCACGCAUCCUCGGCCGCAUCCAAGCCUGCGAAUGUGCAUGACUUCAACGGCAUGCUCACUGUUCCGCCUGCCCCAGUGGUAUAUGCACCGUCUGCAGACACCAGCAACAGCAACAGUAGCGGCGAAGGCUCGUGGAAGACCGAAUCCAGUCUCACCUCGACUACUGCUGCUGACGAGAGCGACGACGACGAUGCUGCGGCUCUUGACGACGACCUCUCACCGCUCACACUUUUUGACCGCAUCGGCCUGCAGGAGUACAUUCUUGUCGCCGCUCAGCGCCCAGCAGCAGACGGCGGCGGACUGCGCGACAAACCAGGUAAAACCCCGGACGCCUACCACACGUGCUACAACCUCUCAGGUCUCAGCCUGUCGCAACACUCGGUGCGUCUCAGCACAGAAACGUCUGCGUACUUGUAUCAGCAUUUCAAGGGAGAUGACGAGUGGAACAGGAAGGUGUAUGCGACCAUGUUGGCGUGGACGCUGUCCGCGCGGGACGAGAUUGUUGUCGAGGCAAAGGCGGGCACAGAAGGUGCCAAGAGCAACAAGGUGAACCCUACGCAUCCGAUUCUGAACGUGACGUUUCCCAGAGCAAAGGCGUUCAUGGAUUGGGCGUAUGGUCGAGCGUAG